AAUAAUUAUUAAAAAAAAACUGAUCGACACCUUUAGCCAGAGCUUGGAGGAAAGUAAACAGAGCCCAGACCGUGCAAAAAUUCUUGGACCUCUUAAAGGUGUUAGAAAGUGUGGUGUUUCCAUCAUUCCAGGUUUAGGUCUGUCUGCCACAUUAGCAUUUAAUGAAAACAGUAUGCUCGGUAGUCAAGGGGAGUCACGAUGCUCUGAAAGGACAGAGGAUCUUGACAUUGACAAUCUACCACCCCCUCCACUUGAGGUUCUCAUGGACAAUUCCUUUGAAAACGUACAAACAAAGGACACGGGAAAAAAUUUAUCAAGCAGAGGCCGACCCACCCUCCCAAAAAGGAAUGCAAUGUCUCAGAAGUUACGAGCCUCUCUGCAGUCUGUUACAGUGCUACCCAGUAAGGGGAAUUUGUGUAAGGGCUCUGUUAGCAUGUCGCCAGUUCGUUCCACGCACCAGGAUACCAGGGUUGUGAAGGGUGGUCAUCAUGAUUCCAGCCAUGAAACAGACAUAGAAAGUGAGGAGGCUGCCUCCCUCUAUAAACAAGCAAGAAAGAUAAUCCACUUGAGGCAUUCUUCUGACUCACCGACAGAGAAACCUACAGCUGAGCAGAGCCACAGGCAGCUUUCUUCCUGCCAAGGUGACGUAGAGGUUUCACAAAAGGAGAACAAUACCAAUGAAACAGUGCCAAACAAUGCCUGUAAGAACCAAACCCCUGCCACUCCAACUGCUUCCAAAACUGGUGUGUUGCCAUCCACACCUCUGUUACAUCGGAGACUCCCUAGUCCUCCAGUAUUGAAAAGUCAACCCUCUACUUCAACUUCAUCUAGCCCUCCUGUACUCCGUAAACUCCCAACCCCACCUUCUGCUGGCCAAAAACACUGCCAAGCACCCCUGCAACACGACAAGACAACCUACCCCUUUAAGGCAACGUCACCUCCUGCUUCCCCAAAGUGUAGCACUGGUCUAGAGAAAACAGUAGUGAGGACUCUUCAAGAGUAUUUAGUAAUGCUCGAUCAGUGUUUUGUCUGGUCUCAUUAUCAUUAUUUGAGGCUUAGCCUGUUCCUACACCCAAGCCCUCUGAGGCAUGGGCCUCCGUAGAAGCAUUUUGCCUCGUCCCUGGGGUGUGCGUGGUCGGCUGCCAGUGUCUGCACGAGCACCCCAGCCAUUCAUCCAGCACAGCCAGUCAGACAGGAGGCCCAGUUUAAGCCUGCCGCCCAUGGAGCCAGUCAUUUCUGUGGCAGAGACAUGUGGGAGUGAACCAGCAAUUAGCACCCAUGGGCGAGUCUAGCACUUGUUCUGAUAUUAAAUAUAAGGCUAAAGUAUAACUGCUUAAAAUUACAUUUGCAUUUAAAUUUAGCAUGUUAGCAUGUAUAUACAUAGCACAGAAUAGACAGUCAACUUAAACUGUGAUAAAGUAUUUCUUAAAGGGAUAGUUCACCCAAAAUGAAAAUUAACCCAUUAUUUACUCACCCU